UAAAUAUUCAUAUAUAUUUAUAAAGUACAACGAGUAUGAGUGUGAGUAUGCGCGCAUUUAUUGCCGCGUGCCAGCAACACGUAUUUAUGUUUAUAUUUAUUUUUUAUUGAAAUGAUAACAAUUUGUUUGAAAAAUCAGAGUACCCAAAUGUCACGACGUGAGCUACGUGAGAUCACUGAUCUAAUUGCUCAAUCGCUAAUUGAAAUAAUGACUAUACAGAAAUGAUGAAAGGCGCCUAGUGAGGGCUAUUAUUUUAAGCGCCUGCAGUUGGCGUCCCACUUGACCAUCCCUGCCGCGCCACUGAUCUUGAGUAUGCCUUGGCGUAAAAUUUAGCUAAAUUACCGGGAAUCGUCUGCGUCGAGCAGCUGUUGCUCUGGGGCAUCAGCAAAAAUAGCACAAAAGCGUGUAUGACGGAGUUAGCGCCGCGUAUUGCAAGUACUUGCGGGCGUCUAUAAUUAAAGCAAUGAACACUUGUUGUAUUUCUUGUUGUUGUUGUUGCACCUUUCCUUCCGUUCGUCGCGCUGUUGUGUGUGCCAUGUAAUUUUGCCAACGUUUGCAUAAAUAUCUCAUUUUACAUAAUUUUUUUGCAUUGCGUCGCCGUUGCCGCUGGCGAGGCCCAAGUCCAACGCGCAGUGACGCGUGGUAAUGCGAGCUAUUCAAUGGAUUGACUCGCAUUUCAAACAUAAGCACCAACGUCUGGCUGACGUACGAGCAACAAUUUAUUACAAUGCGCGCGCACACAGACACAGGCGCGCGCUCGCAUUCGACAUACCUUUACCUUAAGAUACAGUAGAAUGUUUGACGAUCUCUUUCCGUUACUAUCGGCUUGGCCGUCAGCGCGUAUAUUUGUAUCGCAUGUAUGUGUGUAUGUGCGCUUCUAAAUUGCAAGCAAUGUCUGCAGCGCUUGAUUUUUCAAUGUUUGGGCCAAGCGCUCACGCUCAGCGCGCUUGGCAAGCUGAUGCAAUUUCAUUAGUAAUUUCAUGACGAAAGGUAAUCGCUCUCUGUCUGCAUAGUGCAAGCUUGUCGAUUUUUUGCAUAAACACACAUGCACGUGUGUGAAAAAAGUGUAGAAGGCAAUUUAUGCAUACAAACAAACAUACAUACACACACAGCUAUAAUGCUUGGCUGCAGUGCUAGUGUGUAAAGUUUGUGAAUGUCUCAAGUAGCCGGUGGGCUCAACGACAAAAUGCAAUUGCGGGCGGUGUGUGCGGCGGCAAGCGCUCGCCCAAUUGCUACGUAGCUGUAAGCGCAACGCUGUGAGCGCUUGCUUUGAUCACACUAGUGACGCCGCCGCUGCUGCUAGUGCUGUUGCGGCUGCCAUCGCAGUGUUUCGGAGUUUAUUAAUAAAACUAGUGCGCUCGUUAGUCUGUCACUUCAUUCAUCAAAUGUGUCGCAAGGUGGCAAGACGCGUGUCGCGGCGGUGUCUACUUAAAAAGCUAUAAAUCACACAAAUCGAGCGUUUUGUAAAGCGCUGUUAAGCAAACAGCAAUAAAUUGCAAGUGUUUAGAGGAAGUAAAACCCAAAGUAUUUCAAGUACCACAUGCAGAUAAGCAUUUGUAGUUUAUUCAAGAAAUACAACAAGUGCAAACAGGCGCAAUUCCAUGACAAUAAAAUUACAAAAAUAUCUAUAAAGUGAAAAAUCCCAGUGUUCAUAAAAUUUUUCAAAUGAGUUUGCUUUAAAAAGUGCUGAAAAUACAAAAACAAACACAAAAAGCAAAAGCUUAAAUCAAAACAAACAGUGUAAACCACCUCAUGUUUUUAAAACAACAACGGACUAAAGUGGGAAUUUUAAUGUUACCAAAAAGAUAGUAAUCAUUGAACAUAACAAAGCAUAGUUAAUACAAAAAAGAAAAGAAAACAACAAAAAAGCAAUUAGUGUAAGUGCGCGACAAAAGCGAAUACUAACGGUAAAUAAGUAAAUUAAAAAACCUUAAACUCAAAACUAUAAAGUAAAAGCCACUAGCGCACAUCGUCCACCCCAGCGAAGCACCGCCAUGGCCAAAUGUUUCAUACUCUUCAUACUGAUCGCCUUCGUCGUGCUCGAUCACAGCAUCAUCUAUGGCCGUCACCACAGCGAUACAUACGGUGCCAGCGACACCGAUAGCCGACAAACUGUUGCGCAUCACAUGCGUCCAGCGCAGCACCACAACCACCGUGAAUUGAUGCCGGCGCACACGCUGCCACAAAUACACAAGCGUACACCGCAUGUGAAGAACAAUCGGCCGCGUGUGGCUAAGGCGCGACGCAUACGACAGUCGUCGUGGCAAGAGAAUGUGCCGCCAGACAGUAGUAUAAGUAGCGCGGAGGAGCGCGCCGAACGCGAGGAGGCCGAAGCGGCGCUGCGCCGCUACGUGCACAUACAACGGCACAUGGCGCAUCAGCAAGAGCAUCUGCGUCAUCAUCACGAGGAAUACGAACACAACGCCAAGCAGUCGACGACACUGUCGCAAGAGUGGCAGUCCGAAGAGGAGCAAGAGCGCGAAGUGUCGCUGCCUUUAUUCAACAUGCGUAUGCCACGCAUUUGGCAACACUUGGGCGGCACCGCCGAUGUAAUGCUCAGCGAUGCGCCGAAUGAUGACAGCGUGGAGCCGCAGCGUUUAGAUGUGGCGCUGCCGCUCACAGAGAUGACUAGCGAUUCCGAUGAAAUUGAUGAUUUGUUGGCGCCCACUUUGGAAACAGCGCAUAGCAAUUCGCUGGAAUCGGAGUCGUCAGAGUCGCAGGAGCAAGAAGAAAGCUCAGAGGCUGUAGAGCAACAAAAAAAGCGCGACAAAUCGGAUUGCCCGAAAUGUGAGAGCAGUCGGCGUGUGGAGCACAUCAGUGAGGAGGAGCUGACGCAGUUGCGCAUCGAGUAUGUGAAACAACAAAUCUUGGAGAAGUUGCGACUGAAAGAGCGACCUAACAUAUCAGCAGUGGGUUUACCCAAACCCAUCUAUGAGGGUACAACCAUCGAUGAGGAAGAGGACGACACUCCCAAAAAUAAAGAUGUCGAUGAUUAUUAUGCGCGUACGAGUAAAAAGUUCAUCUUCCUGCAACGAGAGAAACGCGAAUGCCAACGUUUGGGCACGAACUCAUCCAUGUGCUUCUCGUUCAAAAUCGACGAUGCCGACGCCGAUGGUUUUGAUGUCAAUACCGCGGUUCUCUGGCUCUUCAAAAGUAAAAGCAAACGCUCGCAUAGACGUAAGGGCGCGCGUUCGAGUCCACAAACCAUUGUCGUGUCGGAAGUGCAGCAGAGUACAGACCCGACCUAUUUACCGGUCGUGAAAACCAUCGCAAUACAAUCGGUCGAUGUGCAAGAUGAGUGGAUGAAGAUCGACAUUGAAUGGCCGAUCAAACGUUGGUUCGGUAAUCACGAUCUCAGCCAUCUCAUACACAUCUCAUGCCGCACCUGCGACAUGACCACAAUGGAGGAAAUGAUAUCCGUUGACAAAGAUUAUCGGCCCUUCAUAAUGGUCGAUACGCGUAAUCGUAAACGCGCUUCACGUCAGAAACGUGGCAUCAAUUGCACCGACGGGGUAACGGAGUGCUGUCGUGAGAAGCUGUACAUCUCAUUCGACGAGAUCGGUUGGGGUGAUUGGAUCAUACAGCCGCGCGGCUAUGAUGCCUACUUCUGUCGUGGCUCAUGCGGCAGCGUCGCAAGUGUGGCACAGUCGGCGACGCAUCACAGCGCCUUCUUGCAGAAAAUCGCAUUGUCGCGUCGCAACAAUCGGGACAGCAAGCCACUCGAGCUUGUGCCUUGCUGCACCGCCAAACAGUAUUCCUCGCUGAAGCUCGUCUUUAUGGAUAGCAAUAAUACUGCGACACAGAAAACCUUCCCGAAUAUGGUUGUCGAGUCGUGCGGCUGUCGGUAGUCGUACCAUUGCGUCGCAUGCGCGACACACCCGCUGAAUGCAUCACUGUAUUAUCGCGUUAGUUAUUAAGUUUGUUUUUUGUCUCAAAUGUCUCGCAUUAGUUUUGAAAAUCCAUACAACAUUGCAUGCAUGACCGUUUUGUAAUUUUAAGUCUCAUACAAUUAGCUGUAAGUAAUCAUUUCGUUGUUCUCCAUCAAGCCAAUAGCAUUAACGUUGUUAGACCGAAUCCUAAAUCGCUGCCAUAAAAUAUCUAAUUUAUAUCUAGGCUUAAUUGAUUACAAUUUCUUCUGCUGUUUUUUAUAAGAACUACUCAGUACUUAAGCUCUCGAAGAGAUAUUAGUUACUAUAUCCAUUAAGAAUUUGUAUUAAUUAGGAUUUUACCAAAAAUAAUUUAAGUAGUCACGUUUUGGAAUUGUAAAAAUUUAGUUCAAUUUGUAGCUAAUUAUUAAUGUUUUAGUUAUAUUGUGUUGCUCGAGCGCCAUUAGUAUAUAGCAAAAAUGUAGGAUCAAAACUAGUUUUAAGUAAAUAUAAGCUAAAAAGAAAAAAAGUAAAAGAAAAUAAAAUUAAAAAAUGUUUAAAUAAUAA